UGAUACGGAUUGAUUUAAUAGACUCUGGUACUUGCAAACGCAAUGUUGCUGCGAAUAGUCGUCUUAUAUUGGAGCUUGUCAUCUAAAACGUUCGCAGAUUCCUCGGUGAAGCCACUGCGUUACAAUCUGACAAUCCUCACGCACUUGAAUGGCGGAGGUGCUCAGAACCAAUAUGAGGGGAUCGUUUCUAUUGAUAUAGAAGCAAUAAAAUACACUCGCAACAUAUAUUUAAACUCCAAAGACUUAAACAUGUUUAAGGAAAAAACAUGGUUACUGCGAUGGGCCAGCGGAAGAAGAAUCAGUGCAGUUGAGCUUAGGAAAAACGCCAAAAAGCCCGACGAGAUUAUUUUAAUCAUGGAGCACCCCCUUAAACUUGGCGAGAAAUACACUCUUCACAUAUUUUUCAUGGGCGGACUAAAUCGUCCGCAGCGUUACGGCUACUUUUCCGGUUAUUACGAUAAAACACCACGAGUGUUUUUCUCUGUGACACACUUGGAGCCGGACUAUGCCCACACCGCGUUUCCCUGCUUUAAUAACCCAAGCCAGCGGGCCACUUUCAACAUAACUAUGGUGCAUCACAAGAAAUUCGUUGCUCUCAGCAAUAUGCCAGCCAUAAUGACAACUCCACAUGAGGAUAUUACGGAUUAUGUGUGGACAACAUUCAUGGGUUCACCGCCGAUGUCUACCAACCAGAUAAUGUGGACUUUACAUCAGCUUGAGAAAAUUUCCAGUAGUCUUACGGCUUCAGGAGAGAAUGUCACCGUCUGGGCGCGGUCUCACUUAAAGCAGAAGUUGGAGAAGGUGGCUGAAAUGACUCCCAAUCUGCUUAGCAACUUUGAGACCCUGUUUGCCCAUCCAAUGCCUAAAGAUCCCGAUUGGGGUGGCAAAUACGAUUAUGUAGUGCUGCCGGGGUAUUCGGAAGUGUAUAGCGGCAAGGGUCUAAUAGUGAUCGACGAGGAUGAGAUAGAUCCGAUCAAAUCAUCAUUUGAUAAUAUGCAGGAAAUGCUGGCGGAGCUGUUAGCGCGGCAGUGGAACGGAGUACUAGCAAGCACAUCCGACAAGGAUGGAACAUAUGUGCGCGAUGGCAUUAACAACUAUCUGGCAUAUCAGGCGGAAGGCAUGCAAGUCAACGGCUCCCAUAACAUGACCCAUUUUUUAAAUACGCGUCAGGAUGUUUUGUAUUAUGAUUCCCUAGCCGACACGAAGUCCAUUGUAACUGAUGUGAGGGAUCCUGGACACCAAAGGUUGCGCAAGCACAAGAUAUGCCUACUCACCCACAUGGUUAAAGUGGCUUUUGGCGAAAAGGUAUUUUAUGAAGGACUUAAGGAAUUCUUUCAACGGUAUGCCAAAUCCUCCACUACGACCGAGCAGCUGUUGGAGGAGUUGCAACGAGUGGCCCGCCGAUAUCAUCAAUUGCCCAUCGGUGUCGUUCUGACCACUGUAAUGGAGUCAUGGCUUAAGCAACCAGGAUACCCGUUACUUACCGUCCUGCGCAAUGACGAGGAUAACAAGGUGACAAUCACCCAGAGCCGCUAUUAUCAGAGCAAACUGAGCGUCAGUUCCAAAAACUGCUGGUGGGUGCCAGUCAUCUAUAUCGGCAAGAACUAUACACUCUCCCAGUUGGAGUGGCUUGGCUGUAGCAAGAAUAAGGCCGAUGAAAUGCAUCUGAAAUAUGUCAUUGAACCGAAAGAUUGGCUACUGUUGAACGUCGAUGCUGCAGUGCCUCUUCGAGUCCUCUACGAUCUUUAUAACUGGCGGCUAAUCAGUGGGGCACUGAACGAAAAUUUUUCACAAAUCCCCGAGCUCAGUCGUGCUCAGUUGGUCGAUGAUGCCCUUAAUUUAGCCUGGUCCGGCCAAUUGCCGUAUAAUGCGAGCCUUAACUUAGUCUCGUACCUUUCAGAGGAAACCAGUGUUGUUGUAUGGCAAACAGCACUUAUCAGUUUGGAGAAGCUGCAGAGUAUCAUGAGAAUGAGUACGGGCUAUCGUAUUUUUAAGAUUUUCAUGCAUACACUAAUUGAACCAAGUUUUAAAGCUACUUUCACAACGUCUUCAUCAUCGAAAGCCAGGACAGACAGUGAAACAUCGACAAACACUGAAUCCCCGGAAAACGAAAAAAGUCCAAGGAAUAAUAUCAUAAUGGAAGUACCAUUGAAAACGAUCAUGUACCGGCUAGCAUGCCAGUACGAAAUCAAAGAAUGUUUGACAGACGCACAACAGCUAUUUCAGUCGGCGAUGGACCAAAAAUCCAUAUCCUCCAUACCCGAGGGACUACGUGAAACCGUACUCUGCAUGGGCAUCCGCAAGGGCUUGGAGGACCAUUGGGUAAUUGUACGGGACAUGUUGUUCGAAGCAACGGAUGAAAACGAGAAGCGUGUCCUUUUGAAUUCUCUUAGCUGCACCACAGAGUAUUGGGCGAUGCAGAAGUUGCUCAGAUGGACCCUCGACGAGGAUAAGAUUCCAAAAUCAAUGAAAGUUGGUCUCAUGGCCGCCGUAAUGCGCACUGACCUGGGUUUCUAUGUGGGUAAUCAGUUUUUGAUCGAUAACAUGGAGAAAAUUCUGCGUCGCUACGCCAACAAUGACCUCAAGUUGUUUCUGAAACCGUUUAUCAAUGCGGUAACUACAGAAAAUGAUCUUACAGCUCUACAAAAUCUUCUGAAAAAUAAGUUACCGUCCUCAAUGACAACUAGCAUAGCGUCCAUGCUAGAGCCUGCCACGGACAAGACGAAUUGGCGGAAGUAUCACUACUAUGAUCUUCUUAAAGGCAUUCGAGGUAUCACUAUGGAAGAUGACCCAAAUAAGAAUUCUUUAUGGGAUUCGGCUUAAGGAGAGUCUUCUAGAC